CUCUCUGUAUUUUAGCCUCAGCUCUCUGCCUCGGUGUGCCUCAGCUCCAGCUCUCAUUCUGCUUACUGCUAAUCAGGUCACUAACAUGGCUGCUAACCGGGUGAUCGUUUAUGGAGGAAAAGGAGCUCUGGGCUCAAAGUGUGUCCAACAUUUCAAAUCCAAAGGAUGGUGGGUUGCUUGCAUCGACAUGGCUGCAAACGAGGAGGCAAAUGAGAACGUGAUCGUGAAGUUGGGUGAAUCUUUCAACGAGCAGGCAGGACAGGUGACGGCAGAUGUGGCCCAGUUGCUAGGGGAGCAGAAAGUGGAUGCUAUCUUGUGUGUGGCAGGAGGAUGGGCGGGAGGAAGCUGUAGUUCCAAAGAUUUAUACAAAAACACAGAUCUGAUGUGGAAACAGAGUGUGUGGACCUCCACUAUCUCCAGCCACCUCGCGGCUCUGCACCUAAAACCAGGCGGGCUGUUGACUUUGUCUGGAGCCAAAGCAGCUCUGUCGGGCACUGGAGGCAUGGUGGGCUAUGGUAUGGCCAAAGCUGCCGUCCACCAGCUGUGUCAGAGUCUCGCAGCGAAAAACAGCGGAAUGCCUUCAGGAGCCGCUGCUGUGGCUAUACUACCGGUUACCUUGGAUACGCCAAUGAACAGGAAGUUCAUGCCUGACGCAGAUUUCGGUUCCUGGACACCGCUGGAGUACAUCGCGGAAAUGUUCUUCAACUGGGCCACAGGAGUGAACCGGCCGGCAUCAGGAAGCCUGAUGCAGCUGCUAACCUCCGGAGGCGAAACCCAGGCUGUGGCUGCGCAGUAGAGGACAGAGUAGAGACGGUGAUGGGAGAGAGGGAGCAAGGGAGGGAGAGAGGGAGAGAGGGAGAGAGGGAGCGAGAUAAGGACAUGGAGAAGCACAGAGAUAGACUGGUAGAGAGAGGAGGAGGCGGAGGAAGAUAUGAGGAGUGAUGAAGAGGGUUUGGAGGCUGUAGUGGUAAAGAAAAGAGGUGGAGAGGAGACGCCUAGAUGGGUUUGUUUUGGAGGGAUGAGAGGGGCUUUCAUUGCAAGUGCAGCCUCAGAGUGCCAUCUAGCUGUAUUCCCCUGCAAUGACCUCACUGUAAUAGUCGGACUGUGUUAUAUCUCCAGUAAUGGUAUGGACACACUCUCCGCUAUACUCUCAAAAUAUUCUUUCAAAGAUCAGUGAAUUGUUUUAAACUGUGUGUGUGUGUGUGUGUGUGUGUUUUUGGUUAGGACUGUGUGGAAGUGGUCGGUUUUAGAUGCAUAAUAUAAUGGGUUAUACCACACAUAAUUCAUGUCAUGUCAUAGCAGUGUUAUUACAAUAAUUAUUAUGGAGAAAAACGCUGAAAUUGAAUCAGCUGUCUAAACUUUUUCCCUGCUUCAUUCAAAAUGCAUAUUAGCAACUUCAUACACACAGUCAUUUUCUUUAACAUCUGUGAAAUCCGACACAUGAAGGUGUCGGUCCAUUGUGACAUGUGAGAUGUCUAGAACUUUUUAUUUUGUACUGUUAAUUACCCCUGAGCGUCCUCUGCCACUGUGGAAACCAGUAAGUCGAAAAAAAGCCGCUGUCUUCUUCUCUCAAACGGACAAUUCAGUUUAAAGUGGAGUGGCCUUAUUUUACGUUUGUAGCGAUCAAGUCAAAGUGACCUUGCUGUCCGCGGUAUGAAAAAGGUGCUCUGUGCCUGUUGUGUGUUUUCUAAAUCGUGUAUUGUAACUGUGUCAAAUUCACAAUAAAAGACCAAAUUGAGGUUUAAAA